GUCUAUUAUUUUUAUGGUAAAUAAAGCCAAAUUGAAUAAAAAGAAAACUAAAUACCGUUAUCUACCACUACAGAAAUCAUAUUUUCGAAAAUAAGCCGCAUCAAGGGAGUUCUGACGAGUCUCAAGGGAGACGAGUGCCCGCAAUUACAAUAGACCCGGAUUCUACUGCGGAGAUAGAUUGUCAUAUAAAAAUAGUUGUUCUGAGAUAAAAGAUAUUAUGUCUUCCCAUUACGUACGAGUAUGUGUUGAUAAAAAAUAAUAUAAAAAUAGUCGCUGUGAGGAAUUUCUAAACCAUCCUCAUAUUAAGCCUCUUAUGUAUUGUGGCAACGUUGAAAACCGAAAUUCUUCGUCCAAAAAUUUAAUCAAGAAAAUAUUUUCAAAAUCGCAUGUGGCAACGCCCUUAGUAGCCAAUCGGAAAAAAUGCUACAAAUGUCAGACAAUAGCAAACAAUUGGUUGACAGAAUUGUUCAAAAUGGACGCAAUAUCUUUGUGUUCCCAUUCUCAGAUCGCGUGAGCAGCAGUGAUAAGUUUUUGCAAUUUACUUUUCCUAAUAAAAAAGUGGAGUGUGAAAACUGAAAAAAAUGCCAAUGAAUUUAAAUUUGUGAUAUACUACUUAUAAAUGGGACGAAAGUGGAUAAUAAUUCAAGGGUUUACGUAAAAUUUCGUCCGGGUAGUGAAGAAACAGUCAAUAUACAAAUCAACUAAAACUGUCUGAUGGAAUUUUGUAAUACACCAAUUGCGAGUUUUCUUUGUGACCUCACUUUUUGUGUUUCGGCGUUUGUGUGUGUUUAGCGUACUUUAGCAGAGCGUAUUGUGCUGUCGUAGGUUGCCAAAACGAUGUUUGUAGCAGCAUUUUCUUUGCAAGUAUUAUUAAAACAAAAAAUGCGAUAGAAAUUCUCCAGCAACUGCAGUCGAAAAGUUAGUUAAAGCAGCCAGAAGUCAGUAGUUGAUGUGCGGUUGUUUGUGUGUACGUCAAUCCUAAACGAGCGACCGACUGGCUGGCUGGCUGGAUACGAAAAACGCAGUGACAGAAAAGAAAACAAGACCACAAAAGAAAGAAGGUAGUACAAGCGAUCGGAAAUUGUGCUAGUGACAAUUUGGCAGUUUUUUGUUUUACGCCAGCUUAUAUACCUUAUUCUUUUUUGGUUCAAAAUUAUAAUGGAUUAGUUAAAUAAUGCAAUACGUAGAAGUGCAAAUUUGUUUCCACGUAUAGCCAACUUGUGAAUGAAGAACCAACACAUUGCAGUGUUAAUUAUGAAGUACAAUAAUGUGUAACACAAGUAUGUAUAAUUAUUGUAGAAAGAGAUAAAAGUUUAUACAACAAAAAAAAAAUGUAUAAAUUUGCAGUAAAAGUACUGAAAAAAUACAAAGAAACCAAUUUUGAAAGUGCCUACAAACAAGGACAAAUUUGUAUUCCUUUGAAAAACAAAUAAAGUGAUAAAAGCGGAUUAUCGGUUAGCGUUCUGUCCGCUAAAACUAGUUUAUUAUAACAAAAAAAAAUAUAUAUACGCCUUUACGAUUUUAAAUUUCAUUUACCGUCUAAACGCAUUGAAUUAUAUGCAUUGUCAUCAUUUGUCUACACGAUCCCAAAAGUACAACGACGCAUACUUGCUGAAGUUUAGUUAUAUAUUAUGGAAAAAGGGAAAGUACAUGUGAAAAACGAGCAUCGUGGCGUGUCUGCACAAACACAACAACAACAAUUAACGCCAAAAAUUGCUGAAGGUCAUCCCACAACGUCACUCUCACCCGAAUUGAAAUCUGCGCCCUUUAUGGGAAUGCACCAUAACAUAGAACAUCCACCACAAACAGUGUACUACCAUCCACAACGCCCUUCAUCGAAAACGAAUACAACAAAUAUUUCGGAAUGUGAAACUAUCGGAAAUUCAGCUAAUGAUGGUGUAUUCCCUUUAUGUUACGUAUGCGGCGGUAAUGGUGGCUGCGAAUCUCUUCGCGUACGUCCUAAUCAGGAUUGUCCAACUGAACCGUAUUUUCCAUUUUUGGAACGACAUGAACCACCUAACGCUGUACCAAAGCUUACGUCUACACAAACAUAUGUAAUCGCUUGUAUGCUAUGCUAUCGAUCCUUGCGAGAGCAAUGGGACGCGUACGAACGGAAAAAGAAACCACAUUUACAACGUUUGUAUCAUAUGAAACGUGUUGAUGGGAAAAGUUACAUUGGCGCCGACAUACAAACACAAGGUGAAUACGCUGCACAGAUGCUUGGUCUCAGUGCUGAACAUUUGCAACAUGGUAAUUUGCAUGAAGAUUUUGCCUAUUUAAGUGGUGUGCCGCGAACGCCAAAUCGCGCCGAUUACGAACGUCCAUCGAAUGUGACGAAUCAAUAUUAUUCUUUACAACCGAACGAACCGUCAUUGUCAGUACAUUAUGCUCAAACGAAUAACACGCCUAGCUCAACGGCUCAACAAUACUGUGAUUAUUAUAAUCGAAACUUUAACGCUACCUUGAAUGGCCAAAUAACGCCACAACCAAAAGAAAAGCAAACUGGCACCACGCAGUUACCUAAGAAUGUGGCACAUAUGAAUGAGGAACCUGCCGCGGUUGAAACUCGUAAAUCUCUCGGUAGUGGUUCACCAUAUGACUCGUUAAAUAUAAAAUCGUCCUCAUUUGCUCAUCAUAAAUUUAAAUUAGGUCAGAUUUCGAGUAUGAAUUCAGCUUCAGCUCGUAAUGAACUAAACUCAUCAAAUGAAACUCAAAAGGUUCUUCAUACAAAUCCUGAAAGUAAACAACAACUACAACAACAGCAGCGGCAAGAUCGUAACAGUCCUCAAUACGACUAUGGCAUCGCAACUGGUGUUGUUGGUGUUGGUGUUGGGGGUAAUCACUCCAAUGCCGCGUCAAUGGCUGAUGUUAUUGACGAUGCAAGUGGUGCUGCCUUGGAUUUGCGUAACUCAUCAAAUAACAUCUGUGAACCAUACAUGUUGUCAUGCGGUACUUCACGCCAAAUGUUUCGAAAUGCCUCACCUAGUAAUAAUGCCACCAACCAAGUCGAUGUCGGCAUUCUCGACUUGUCAAUGCCCGACAAGAAUUCAUUGACUGAAGUUUGUUAUGUUUGCGGUGAUGAACAGCGACGUGGCAGUCUCAUCGAACUAAGCACUGUGCGUUCGAAGGAUGGAAAGGGUCGCCAUCAUCCAUACUUUCCGAUUUUCAAUGAACAAAUACCGCGACCGCCGCGCUCACGUCCCAAAGAUCCACGUGGCAUGAUACAAGCUUGUCAAUUAUGCUAUGAACAUCUUAUACAACAGUGGAAUAAUUACCAGACUACUCAAACACCUGAAAAUGAACGCUCCUAUACGUUACGUAAGAAACCUACAUCCGUCACGGAACGUACCACAUUUGUGUGUUAUACCUGUGGCGGCGACACGCCCUCCUCACGUUUGCGGCUUGUGUAUUGCUGUCCAAAUGCAGAGCGCGAACCCUACUAUCCUUUCAUAAAAACAAUGAAAGCUUUCAAAAAUGCUAGUCCAAUCAGUCCACAGGGCAUGGUGCAAAUAUGUUCCUCAUGCUAUGAAAAGCAUUUAUAUUUGGCGGAGGGUGGUAACAACACUACAAUGGCAGCGGCUACCUCUACCGGCCGUAUAUCUGGUGGACCCGCUGACAAUAAUGCGGCCGGUAGUGGCGUUGGUGGUGCCGCUGCAAUUUACAGCGUAGAUGGUGACGCAAACCUCAGCAACAACAAUGUGAUCGCAACAAGCGCUGAGGGUGCAGGACGUUACACACCCUCCGAAAAGUCGUUGGCCAACUCGGAUUCGACAAGUAAUGUGAAAUUUAAGCCAUACGAACCGAUUUCAAAUAGUUCUCCAUCCACACAGCGUGAUUUCAAAUUUGCACGACAGGGGGAUUCGCGUCCCAAUUCGCCGACAUCAUCAUCUCAGGGCCCUGGCGAGAGUGAGCGUGGACAAUAUCCUUGUUACAUUUGCAAAAUCCUUUGCGCCGCCAAUAAAAUGGAAUGGUUAUCCACUAGCGCUGAGCAUAUGAACUCGCAUGCCAUGCACUUUCCUUGCUUACGCAGCAGCAGCAAUAAUGGUCGUGAUAAUGUCAGCCUAAGUGGCAAUGGAAACACAGCCAAUAAUAAUGAUAAUAAUAAUCGUGUGCUUGCCUGUAAGGAUUGUGUGAAUUAUUUGGCACGCCAAUGGGAGACUAUGGAUGCUGAGCGUGUGCCAUUGGAGCAUAGAAGAUAUAAUAUACCUUCGCCGAUGAUCACUUCGAGCUCACCAAAUGGUUCACGUCAUGGUGGCCUAACUAUAACUACACCACCGUCUACGCCUUCCGUGUCUUCAACACCUGCCAGUACAUCGAUUUAUUGUUUUCUAUGUGGUUUACAUUCGGAUUUGACAUUGGCGAGGGUGUUGUAUGCCAGUAAAGAGGGUUCACGACCAUAUUUCCCACAUCUCCUCAAACACAACUCGCUGCCAAAUGCUGAACAAUUGCGCAAGGAUUACUCAGCGCUCGUUUGCACAUUUUGCUACCACUCCAUGUUGAAUCAGUGGCGCAAGUAUGAAGCGCAGACACCAGCUAUAGCACCAACCGAACGCAAAUACAAUUGGCAUGAUUAUAUUUGUCAUUUAUGCGGCAUUACGACAUACCGAAAACGUGUGCGCGCACUACCGGUUAAUGAGUUUCCAUUCGUGAAAAAUCGCAAAAAUGGCGAUGGACUUCUGUUGGAGAAUGGCGAAUAUGCUGUGGUUUGUUUGGAUUGCUACGAAAGUCUUAGGCGUGGAUACAACUGGGUGCCGCAACCACCACCGCCCGAGGACAGUCCGGAUGUUGCUGUAGCGCGUUUGCCAUGCGGAGAGCGUUCCGAUCGAUUUCCCAUCAACACCACCCUCAGAUCCAUAUCUAACAAGAAGAUCGCAUCGCCGAAGCAUGGUGAAAAAACUAAAGAUGUUCCUCCAAAGAGUGGCCAAAAGCGCCCAGCAACAAGUCCAGCUCCACCCAUCCCAUCACCACAUCAUAUACAAUCGCCCUCCACCACACCCGGCGCUGGCAAUAGCAGCGGUGGCAAUGCGGCGACGCAAAUGACGUCUAAUCCGGCGAUGCUGAAUCAUGUUAUGCCACCAAAUCAAUUGAGUGGCUUGCAAGCAGCCACUUUACAACAGCAACAGCAACAACAUCAGGCACAUCAACAAGCCGUUGCUGCAGCAGCAGCAGCCGCACAAGCGCAACAGCAACAAAUGGUCGGCGUACCGGGUGCAUUGAAUGCGGCACAAGCCAGUGCACGCGGACCCUUCGCCUCGGCAUUACGCAACUUGGCUAAGCAAGCCGACAUCAAAGAGGAAGACGAUAUCAAUGUGCGCGUCGAUCGCAACGAACGCGCAGUACCGCUAAGUGCGGGUAGCGGUGGUGGUGGUGUAUCAGGUGGCGGCGGUGCGGUCGGUGUUGCCGCAGCAGUGAGUGUUGCCAAUACGAAUGUUGUGAAUGUGUCUAAUACGGCGCGUUCAUCAAUGUCAAAUGAAAGGCUGCCACCCACGGGUGGUGGUGGGCAAAUCAGUAGUGUGGACGAACGUAUAAUGGCCAAAAAACGUGCAGGCUCGUCGCCGCAACCAGGCGAGAAGAUCGCACGCAUGUCUUCGCAACAAUCGGUGCAAAUGCAGCCUGAGUUAUUGGCGCGCAGCGGUUUUCAACCAUAUCGAUCGGAUGAGCGUCUGAUACAUCCGGCAGGCGCAUUUCCCUUGGAAGCCUAUGCCACCUUCGCCGGUUUGCCAACAAUGCCGCCAGGGCCGUUCUUGAGUCCAGCUGGUCUGCCUUAUUCCGAUCAAUUGUACUUAGAUCAACGCUUUCAAAUGCUACGUGCCGCCGGUUCUCACCACACACAUCCACAUGCUCUUUAUCCACCAAUGGCUUCGCCCUAUGCUUCUCAUUUAUAUUCAAUGAUACCGGGCGCUGCGCUUGGUUUGGGCUCUGCGUUGCAUGAACGCAUGAAAUUGGAAGAGGAACAUCGCGCGCGUAUCGCCAGGGAAGAGGAACGCGAAAGGGAAAUACAGCGGGAAAAGGAACAACGCGAGCGCGAACGUGAGCAAAGGGAACGCGAGCAACGUGAGAAAGAGCAGCGGGAACGGGAACAACGCGAAAAAGAGCAAAGAGAGAAGGAACAGAAAGAAAAGGAAGCACGUGACCGUGAGUUACGUGAAAAAGAGCGGGAAGCAAGAGAACGCGAAAGGCAAAUACUAUCAGCUUCGCAUCAUUACACAAGUCAGUUAUAUUCGCCAUUGGGGCGCAAUCUACUCGGUCCAAUGAUGCCGCAUUUGGGUUUGGGCUUGCGGGCACCGCCUGGUGCAUUACACAGUCUACCGAUGUCCGCCUAUCAUGCGGCGAGCCAACGUCAGAGCCCACACUCGGCAAUGGGUCUCAAUCUCGGUUUGCCCGGUUUGGGUAGUGUACCAUCGCUUUCGCAUGGUCCCGGUGGCUUACCGCAUCAUUUGCAACAAUCUGCAUUGGGCUUGGCACAUCCGAGUGCUGCUGGCUUAACACAUCCCGGCUUUCCUGGGGCCGCUUUGGGCUUAUCACACCACGGUAUAAAUUUAACACAUCCACAUAUCUCACCACACCAUCCGGCAAUGGUGCCCAGUCAUCAGAUUUCACCACAUUCAUCAUCGAUAGCCUCGACCUCGACCACUACCACAUCGCCACACAAUCUGAAUUUGAGUAUGCAAAGCAAUGCGGGUUCCAGCAUGAAGGUAUCAGUACCCAGUAGUGUUUCACAAACGUCAGUAUCGGGUUUGCAGUCCUCCACUAGCAUGACGCAAGCCACUUCAACGCUGUCCUCACACAUUCCGCAAAUGAGCAACUCACUUUAUCACUCGCAUCACUCUAGUCAGCAUCUAAGCAGCGCUGGACUGGCGCCAACAUCUGCGCAUCAACAGCCGCCGACGUCAAUGCCGCUUUCGCUAACUAGUAAUUCGGGCCGCAGCCAUUCGGCAUCGCCCAUCACAAUGAAAGCAACAUCGCAAUUGUCGAACAACAAUCCAGGUAUGCAUAAUCAAAACGGUGGACGCUCUGCCAGCAGUCCACAUACUUCACGUCAGCUGGCCAUGAGCCAAACGCAACACCAACAAAAUGCUGGUGUACACGAUAAGCAGAAUACUUUGGCGUCGAGUGCACUCGAGCCGGCCACACUAGAUCUGACCGGUUCGAAUUCCAAUUCUAGCGUGCAGGUCUCAUCCGUUGCUAGUAGUGGUGGCGGUCACAAUACACAUCCGAAUGAGCUGAACGGUGGUAGUGGCGUUGAAACAGCUACCAUUGGCGAACGCAAAGAAUCCGCUGCUACGACAGCGAAAAAUCUCUCGCUCAAUGUAAGCACCACCGAUAAGAGAAGUCCAUCAACAUCGCCCACAGUUGCCGCCAAAGAUAAUGCUGCCGCAUAUAAUAUGAGCGUAUCCAACAACGCCGAGGAUCCAACCCGACAAUGCAGUCCCAACAGCGCAAUGUCCAACGCAGCCGAGCCGCAUACAUCUGUAUCGCCACCAGCGAAACCAACAAUCGGUGGUGAUUCCAUUGGUGUUGCAGGACAUGGAGCCGGCGCAGGUUCAGGUAAUUACAGCAAUAAUUCCAAAGUUACGGCCGUACCGUCAGACAACAAUGUCAAGCCGACCAGUGACCCCUCGACCGGUAUUUUUGUGCCCAACACACAAAAUGUGCCGCCCAACGAAACCGUACCGCCGACAGUAGGCGCCACAGAUGUGCAGACGACAGCAACGCCGAACAACACCAACAACAGCAGCACCAGUAACCAUACGCAUAUUACCUCGCCGACGACUACCACGCCCGAUGCGUGUGCCAGUGUAGGCGGCGUGACCUCCACGACCGGUGGCAGUACGUCGCCGCCUGUCGUGAGCAGCAGCACGAAUAUUGUAAACAACAAAACACAACAGAAGACCAAUUGUGAUGAGACGGUGUCCAGUGCGACGCCAACAACCACCACAGCCGCGAUCGAGGUGAAUGGCGGUGGUGCUGCUGCUGGUGGCGGUCGGUGAUGCUGUGCUGCCGUGUGUCUGUUCGCCCAACGGCACCAACCAGUAAAGCAACAACUACACGGGAGUGCCUACGUCAAACGCUAUACUUAUGCGCUCGUAUAAAUAUUUCGUAACUGUAAUUACUUUAGCAAACUUAAGGUUAAGCCAAGCUUCAUGCCAUGUACCCGUUAAUGAAGAUCACCGUCUGCUCAUUUUUAUUUUACUUGUUUGUUGCUUUUUCCCCCAAUUUCAUUUACACAAAUCUCCGAAUUAUUUUAUUCUAUCGAAUUCUCUUUACAUAUCUAUUGGAUUAACGAUAUACACUUUUAUGUUAAAGCAACAACAAUAUAUCGGGAUUUUGCCUUAAUUAUAUAUGUCUAUUUGAAUUUAUGUGUAUAGUGUAAUUUUCAGUUCAUUUUUAAUAUUAUUAUUAAAUUUUCAUUUCAUUUCAAUUUUAGUUUAGUUUCUUAAGUAAUAUACAUACAUACCUACUAUGUUGGAUUCUAAUUAAGGUUUUCAUAGCUGGUAGAAAAACAAUUUGCUAACACAACAUAAACAAUAAAAAAAAAAACAAAUAAUAAUACCAAUAACAAUGCAAAGUAUGCAAUUUCGAAAUUACAUUUAUUUUUUGAAUUUAUGAAAUAAACUUUUGCAA